AGUUAUAAUUAUUUAUUUUUUUAACCUCCCCUAUUAUUUCCAGGACCUACUUGGCAAAGCAGAACAGACUUUCUAAACAGGAGUUUUGGGAACAGCAGCAUACUAAGAGACAGACAGCCCAUAGACGUGGACCAAGAGGAUGUCUCUCCAUCAAGGCAUAUGGCUACUACAAGUGUGAGCAGUCAGCAGAGACAGAGACAGAGGAAGGGGAACCAGACCUGUUGAUCAUCAAGGUGGAGGGAGAAACAGAUGACCAGGAAUCUAGGUCCAGACACCCAGCCAGAACAGUGGGAGGCAGCAGAAAGCCAACCACCCAACUGGCUGCAGCCACCACAGAGGACCCCGCCUUCCAGUCCAGUGACCCCAGAGCAACAACAACUACAACAACACCGCUAUGGAGGCCAAAUCUACUGUGGAAGGGGAGAGAGARCUCCAGCCAUGGAAGAAAGAAGAGGGUCUGAGGSAGAUGCCAGGUAAUGAUGAAUGGAUUGUUGUAAUGAAAAAUGACAUACUGAUUGACAACCUCAUUGUUUUUAUUUGACUACAUAUGACCAUCAUGCUURUGUUGUCUCUUCAGGCACUGAUAGUGGCCARAGAAUGACAGACCCAAACACACAGACCUCUCUAGACARGGACCAAACAGAGCUCACUGAGCAGCUCAGAACCAAACACAGCAUAGUGACUGUCAACAGAUCAGACACUGUUUUCAAGUCAGACCCGGAGCCUGAGAGCCUGAGCCAGGUGRUCCAACUCACAGGUCCAGGACCUGUUGCUAAACAGCAGCGCAGCCUAAACUCCGAGAGAACAAACGAUCUGCCUGUAAACUCCCGUAAGCGAAGAGGCAGUGAUACAGCGAAUGAUCGGCCAUCUUGUUCUAGUUAUGCUGCCGAGACAGUCUCAGGAAGCCCCUCGCCUCUCAAAAAGUUGAACCCCAUUCCCCCACUUCCUCAGAUGGUGAGGGGUGAACACGAGUAUUCCCAGGGCGGUUCAGGGGUCAAGUCUGAGGUCAUAGUUAUUGACCCCCUCCAUGUUGACGAGGGGGAAGAUGGGGAUGGCACGCCCUCGUCGUGGAGACAAGGUGACAUCAUGGAACACCGGCAUCAUCAAGGAGGACAUAGUGAAGCAGAUGCCAUGCUUCUUGGAGGACAUUCGAGUAACACUUAUCAUCAUCAUCAUCCUCACCCAGGUGUCCAGRCWGCAGCYAGACAGAACUCACCUGACAAUCACUUCUACACCAUCUGCAUGGACGGCGCUUUCAACAACCGCCUCGGCACCUUUCAGAACCCCGCAACCACCGCUCCAUUGGCCGAGGGAACCGGGGAGCUGCAGMACCCCACCUGGGUGGAUUUCGAGGGGAGCGCCCCCGACACCCACCUGGGRGACAUGACUGGGACUCAUCAGGACAGAGGGUCUAGGGAGGAGGGGGCGAGGUCCUACAGGUGCACCUURUGCGGGAGGGAGUACCCUCACCUGUGCCAGCUCAAGAUGCACCAGAGGGUCCACACGGGGGAGAAACCGUACGAGUGUGCCCUGUGUGGGAAGCAGUUCAGCCAGCUGUGCYGCCUGAAGCGGCACCAGAGAGUACACACAGGGGAGAAACCUUUCAGAUGCGCUCAAUGCGGGAAACAGUUCUCUCAUUCCAGUAAUUUAAAAGUGCAUCAGAGCGUCCAUACGGGUGAGAAACUGUUCCACUGCGCCCAGUGUGGGAAGAACUUCUCCUUUCUGAGCAAUCUGAUAAGACAUCAGACAGUUCACGCAAGGAAAUGAUAUGUUGUAUUGAUUUGCUGUGUUGAUUUAGGAUUGUUUUUUUCUGAAUUGAUUGGAAAUUGAAUGAGGUGUGUGAUUGCUCUGUCUAAAUGCCUCAACUCUGAAAUGUUCGACUUGUUAGUUAUACACGAUUUCAACCAGUUAGCAACUUGGAGAUUUCCGAGUUUCCCAGUUCCGACUAGCACGUACACGCGGCAUUAAAAGUCGCGUUACCUGUUCUUUGUAUUCAUACUUUGCGUUCUCUUUUUUCUCCUCUAACUAUUAUUUUGUAUUCUGGAGCAAAUUGUAAUGAAAAGAAUGAAUCAAUGUUUGCUGCAGAUUGUUAUAUUGGUUCAACAUAAGGUUCAACUURUUAUUAUUCAAAUUCCUACAGUAUUUGUGUAGUGUUGAAAAUAAUCAGGCCAAAAUAAGARUGUCACAAGGKACAUGCUUGUGUUAAAGUUUAAACGUUUUUUGGGAUGUUUUGAGAAAUAAACCAACUCAUGGGAAAUGAGAAGAACGUAUUUUGUCUUUGAGAAUAAUGCAUGAAGCUUUAUCUCAUCAGACAYUAAACUGUGAUCUCAGUGUUUACGCUGAAUUGUCUCCGGAAGUAGAUGGUUUAACCCCGGAACAGGGUAUUGCGGGGGUAAGUUUGUUUGCUAGCUAGCCUGCWUAGUAAGYWUGGCUUCAUAGCAUUCAUUGCCAUGGUUARCAAUUGAACCGCUGAAAUGGAACGUAAAUCACAGAAAAUAAAGUGGUGACAGCUGCAUAUAAGUACUUGGAGGUACGGUAUUUGACAAUAGUUAAAGGGUGUAACGUGGCAGCUGCAGAGAAGUACCUGGGUGUACGAGAUUUUACUGCAGAAGAGGUAAUGGGGUGGUGAUUUUAAUAAAAUAGUGGUAUAUACUGUAGGUGUAGGGUUAAGUGGUGGAUGUAUUUAUUUUAGUUACAGGAAUAAUGAGAAUUUAAUGUAGGUAGGAAAUGACUGGCCCCACUUUAGUAUAGUAGGUGGCGGUGUACGUACAUUUAAAUUGGAUGCUAUCCGCCAAUCCCGAAGUAGGAUAAUCAAAUCAAAUGUAUUUAUAAAGCCCUUCUUACAUCAGCUGAUAUCUCAAAGUGCUGUAGAAACCCGGCCUAAAACACCAAACAGCAAGCAAUGCUGAGAAGAAGCUAGCUGGCUUGUGCUUGUAGUCAAUUAAUAAAAAAGAUGUUCAACGAAAUCGUUUUUCGUGCGCGUGUAGCGUCCGUUAUGGAAACUUUAACAGCAACAGCCGUACGAGCAGUGUGUCAAAUAAUGGAAGAAAGCUACGCUGCUCUUCGUGUGGAAAUGGAGUGUGGCCAUGAACCGAACAGGAAGCCCCUGGCGAAGGAGAUUGGCACAGGGAGGGAGAAGGAGACUGUGCAAGCAUUUAGCCCUUGCCGUUCUUCUGAUCGUAUACAAAUGGCAGGUUUGAGAAAGACCCCUGUUGCGGAACAGCAGGAUGAAGAAGAGGCCAGUGGUGCUGAUAUGGAAGAUGAUCCCAUGGACCACGAUGAUCCCACAGGUCAUGAUGAUUACGCUCCACUGUUACCGAUGUCAUCGCAAGAACCAUCACAGCCUGUUAAACCAAAGACCACAUCCUCUCUGGUUAAGCUUAUGGAAGAUGAGGUGCACCAUUCGAUUGUUCCUGUCAAUUCUCUACUAUCACUCACAAGAUGCACAACCUGCUGCAAAUUGUUCCACUGUCCACUUUGUCUCAGCUUUAAACCAACCAAACGCUCAAGAUUACAGCGCCAUGUUGAUGUGCACCUGAAAAAUGCAGUGUCUUUCAAAGAUAAAAAGAUUUGUAAAUGCAAUUUGGACUGUAGGACAGAUGGCCAUUAUCACUGCCCCCAGUGUGAGAGAACUAUCAUCAGGAGGGAUGCCAUGGCAAGUCAUCUGCUGUUGUGUCAAGGGGCUUCAGCUCCUGUUUCAUCAGCUGCACUGCCCUCUACGCAUGCUGUACCGUCCACACCUUUGGUACUGCCCACGCCUGCUGUAAACCAGCGUAUUAAAAUCACCACCCAUAUCCAACUGCCUCAUAGUCCAGCCUAUAGGACUCUGACGACUAUGUGUGAUCACUGUGGUUUUGUGCUCCUGAGAAAGAACUUGAAGCAGCACCUGCUGAGGAAACACCCGGAGAUAGCCACUCCAUUGGAGGGAGCAGAAUCAGAUCCUGUGUCUGUGGCACAACAACACGGCACCAUGAAACAUGCUGAAGGGACCAGACUGAGACAGAGACUGACCGCCACCUGCACCAUAUGUGGGCGUAUGGUGACCAUGAAGAACAUGCGAGCACACAUGAACAGAAAACACCCUGAUUCCUGGUAGAUGCCUGCUUUGCAAACAGAGGCAUUAUAGCCUGAUCUCAGAUCUGUUUCUGCUUUUGCUUUUUGUCAUUGAGAAGCAAAACAAUUUGGCCAAGAAAAAGAGUACAAGGAGUGGAAUGUUAGCAAAACAGGUUCUGGAUUUCAGGCUAUAGGCUUCAUGCAUCAACUACUUCAUUGAUGGCUGAAUUCUAUUAUAAUAUUUUUAUAACAAAUCUUGUACAUUCAUGUUGUAUAUUUUUUUACCAUACAAAUGGAGAAAAUUGCAUUUGUUAAUCUGACCCCUCAGUUUCAUUGGGUUACGGUUAUGACCUGGCUGCCAGUUCCAUUUCCAAGGCCUGAGUGCUGGUCUUGCAAACAAGCACAACAAACAAUUGGGGAGGAAAACUAUAGACAUUUUGAACAUUUCUUGCAGUCUCUAUAACUUGUUAAAGUUGACUAUUGUACAAAGUAUGUUGAAAAGAUGGGGAAUCAUGCUCCACUCACUCACACCAAACAAUGGUUGUUCAAAUCUAAGCUAUUACAAUCAAGUUAUAUAGCUUAGUAUUUUAUAGCUGUAGAAAGGUACAUAGCAGCUUAUAAGAUCAAGAGGAUGAGAAUGUUUGAAAGUUUGUUCAGGCAGUUUGUCUUGUUGAUUUUGUUUAGUGGGAGAAAAGAAAACGCCACUUAUGCUGUUGGGAAAUUUCCUAUUAAUAUUUGAGUAUCAAAUAAAUUCUCAACAAAAGAUGUAAGAAGCUGCUAGAAUCAAGGGCGUAUCUAAACUUGUAUUUACGGUAUUUCACCGGCCCGCCCAACCUCGUCAGCUGUCCGGGAACUAAUCAGAAGAAAACUUCCGGGGGAUGUGAAGAGGUGUGAAAAGGUGAAGCCACCAUCUGAUAACAAAGAAGAUGUUUACUGUAGCCUUCUCACAUAACAGUAGGAACAAAUUAGAUUGUUUGUUGUAGUCUACUUGGUAACCAUGUCUCACGAACUCGCUUUUCGUUGUCGUGUCACCUCCAUUAUGGAAGCUUUGACAGCAACAGUCGUGCAAGAAAUCUGUCAAUUUAUGGGAGAAAGCUAUGCUGCUCUUCGAGUGGAAAUGUUGCAUGAACAAAAUAAAAAAGAGACAAGGAUGGAGAAGCCAGCGAACUGCCUUAAGAACGCUUCAAAACCUGUUACCCCACCAAGUUUUGGAAACUUUCCAAUCGUGGGGCAAAUCCUCAAUAAACAAGAGGCCAACUAUCAUUGGCUAGAAGACGGUGCUGUUUUUGAAGGCCUAGCAUCACCGGUGCCAGAGACGGAGAGACAAGAGCCACCACAGCCCCCUGGUCAGAUUACAGACACGGUACCAUGGCCAGUAUGGCUCAUCAAACAGGAGGAAAUGGCUGAUGAUGAUCUGGAAUCGGAAGGUUACGGCGAGUGGAUUCCAGAGACUCCCAAGGCCAACCAGAAUAUCGGGGGAGAAGAUGAUGAGGAAGAGAGAAGUCCAGCCUCUGGGGAUCCAGAGAACUUGGACUCGACGACUUCAAGAGAGAACAGAGUCCGUUGCUGGUGUCAGCUGAGGAUGCUGCGACACCCAUAAAGACAAAGUAUAAAACACGCAUGUUAGAACACACCGGGAAGCCACGUUUUCGCUGCGAUAUCUGCGGUGAGAAAUUCCAGCGUCAGAGCGGCUUGACCAGGCACCAGCGGCACAAACACAACACCGUGAAAACCUACAG